AUGUUUAUUAUUCGAUUGGCAGCAGAUGCUAUGUCUUCAGUGUCGGAAAGUGAACAAAGUCUAAUUCAUUUAACUGACAAUUCACUUCCCAAUCCACAUUUUGAAUCAGUUAAAAAAGGAGAAAUUACCAUUCAAAAUGUUGAUAAUACUAAUAAAUAUUUGCAUAGUAUUAAACGUGUACAUAAACUAAUUGAAGAAGAAUUAAUGAUGGAAUACGAUAUGAAAAGUACUAAUACAGCAACAACAACUACUACUAAUGCAACAAAGACAGCAUCAAUAACUACCACUAUCGAUAAUGAUGAUGAAAUUAGUCGUGGCAAUAAAUCCUCACGAUAUCAUGAAAAGGAUGAAUUUUGUAAACCAUGUAAUUUUCAUCAAACUAAGAAAGAUAUUAGUACAAAGGAUACUAAUAAGCGGUCAACAAAAGAUUAUUCUACAACAACUAGUUUAUUAUAUGAUUUACUAUCGGGUACAGAAAACUUCGAUUCCGUUUAUAUGAGGAGUCAGUUAGUGUUUGUGACAUGUGAUAAUGCGAAAUCCAUAACUAAUCUUAAAAAAGACAACUUUCUGAGUCGACGCAAAAUCAAUAAUUCAUCAUCUGUUCAAGGGAGACGUAAAUCACUUAAACCAACGAAGCAUUGUAAUAGUUUACAAACCCUAGAAACUUCCAUCAGUAAUGGUAGAAAGCUUUUCCAGGACAAUCUUUUAGGCGAGAAGUUGUCAUCGUCUUCGCCAUUAUCAUCAUCAUCUUUAUCAUCCUCACCUUCAUCUUCGUCAUCUUCAUCUACGUUGAGCCCUUCACAUAUUAAUUUAUUAGCACGUUCUCAAUUUUCUCCAACGAAGUUAUUUGAUAAACUUGAAUACUUAAAAAACAACCAUGUUUUACAUUCCCAGUCACCGAUUAAUCAUUUUUCCACUGUGCACAGUGCUAAUAUCACCACCGCUACAACUUCUACACCUAUGAACAGCCAAGAAUGUUCUGACCAACCACUUGAUUUAUCCUCAGCUUCAUCUCAUUCCAAUCAAUCAGGUUUACUCGAUAAUUUCAGAUGUAAUAUUCCUAGCUCAGAUAUCAUAAUUUCAAAAAGAAGGAGGAGUUUUGCCGGUGAUUUAGAUUACACUCCACGAUUAUCUGAUAAUUCAAGUAUUCUACGAUGCAAUAGUUUAAGACAUAAUUCAAUUACAUUCCCUUUGUCUCAUACUGUAAACAAAUUUAGGAAUUGUAUUACUUCUAGUACCAAUGCUACUGGUAGUACAACCAUUAAUACUAUCAGUAAUAAUAAUUUAAGACCUGAACGUAAGCCAUCAGAAAAAUAUCUUUGUAAAGAUAUUGAACAAAAACCAAAUAUAAAUAAUUCGAAUAGUACGUCGAACGAUGAAUCAGUCUUACUAGGAGCCAACCUACUUAACUUAAUUCUAUCUCCAGCAUGUUAUCAAAUAGCUUUAUCCGCUGCAUUCGCCUUAUAUGCAUCUUCUGUAUUUCCAUCUUUUGGUAAUACAAUCAACCGAAAUAAUGAUUUCUCAAAUUCAUAUAAUAGCCUUAAAACAACAAAUGAAUUAGCCUAUAAUCUAUGGACAUUAUCGAAUUCCAAUAGAAUAACUUCUAGUGCACAUAGUAAUGAAAACCAUCAACAAUAUUUAUCAAUGUCCAAUCAAUCAUCAUCAAGAUUAUCAGACGAAAACAAUAACAAUAUUUUAAAACCUGUACAUAUGCAACAUUCACCAUCAUCAAUUCAAUCUAAGCUCAAUGUUAAACUUAAUUCAUUAACAAAAUUAAAAACCGGUGAAAGUGUACAAUCUAAAAAAUCCAUUUUAAAAUUACAAUUCUUUCCUAAAAAUACCCGACAUAAUCAUCAAAAGAAACUUUUAAAAAGGAAAACAAACUCUUCACUUAAUCGUACAAUCUUACAACAUUCCAGUAUAAUCAACAAUAAUAAAAUCAAUAAUGCUGUUACACAAACAACUGAUGAUGAUGAUGAGAAUGUGAUCAAAGCACAACAUUCCUUUAUUACUCCAUCUAUCAAGAUUUCCGAUCAGAAUUUAAUCUUUUAUAAUAAAUUAAAACAAUGGUUUAUACAAAUGAUCAAUUUAAUUGGACAACCCAAAUUAGCAAUGAUACCUCUAUUACAUAACAACAUUAGAAAUGACAUAACAAUGACAAAUUUGUUCAAUUCAUUCAAUGCACAACUAUUAAAUCAGACAAUGGAUACAAGAUUAAAACUUUUAAACAUAUCAUGGUAUCGUUUAUUGAUUAUUUAUUUAAUUGAACAUAAACAAUUGAAUUCACUGAUGACAGCAUUGUCUUCAUCGUCAUCAUCAUCGCCGUCAUCUUCAUCAUUGUCAUCAGGGAAUGAUGAGAGUAAAUUUAAUGAAGAGAAAUUAAUAAUUGAUAAAAAAUUUCUAAUAAGUAAAUCGAUAAAAUCAAAGAAGAAAUAUGUUGAAAUGAUCAGUGCAUUUCAUGAUAUUCAAUCAGUAGCCAGAAUAUGUUAUUCAUUGAAAUUUACUCGUUCAAUUUACAGUCUGAUUCGAAUUGGUUUAUUAUUAUUAAGCAAUAAUAAAAAAACACAGCCUAUCAAUGAUAUUCAUUGGCUGGAACAAAUACUUCUGGAAUAUAUGGUCACCUUAGAAGAAACCAGUGAAAAAUCUAAUUCCGAUCCGAACUCAUCAUCACAGAGUUGUCAGACUAUGAGUAUCAAUCUUUCAGAUAACUUGAAUACUACUACAACUACCACAUGUACUGAUGUAUUCAACUGUAGCAAUAUUGGUAACAAUAGCAGUAGUAAUAAUAACAAUAGUAGCAACAAUGUCAGCAACAGCAACAGCAGCAGUAGCACUGUUAUCUCUAUUAAUACACCAUCCAUGAUACAUACAUUAAUUAAUAAACUAUUAAAUAUAACUAAAGAAUCAAUUAUUUUCUUUGUAUCUAAUCAAUUAGGUAAUUCAGUUGAAGAUUUAUUCAACAAUCUUGUCAAAAUCUCACAAACAUAA